CACUCGUGUCGCCGACAUUUUGCACAAGAGUUGCGUUGCGGUGAGGUCGAAAGGUUUUGCGAUUUUUGCUCGGAGUUCCUCGAAGAGCGUAUUAUGCGAUGCAGAUUUGCGCGAUAUCACGUCACCGUCUGUUAAAUACGUUCAGUCUGAUAGCUGACACGUCACACGUUCAUUAGAUUUCCGCGAUCGAGUGCUCGUUGACCGUGCAACUUCCACGCUCGCAUAACCGUUUCCCGCCCGUCGUGAUCCAGAUUUAGAAGAAAUCUGAGCAUAUAAUGGCUACAACCGGAGCGUCCACGCGUGUUUCUCGUCUGAGACCUCGUGAACCAACGGUAAGGGCCGUGCCCGAAAAGAAGCUCAAACCCAGAAAAGUUGCUGCUACCAACAGAAGCUCGAAGAAGGUUAACGUUUGUCUGAGAAGCAGGAGCCUGCGUGUGUCGAAGGAAAAUGCGUCUCUAAGAAACAGUCAGACACCAGCGAUUUCACGUUUACGUCCUCGUCGGAAUAUAAAAAACUACUGCGAGGACUCGAGAUUGUUGCAGCGAUAUAUCUCGCCGAAGCAACAGGACAGCGUGGUAGUGGUGGAGAAGCUGAAUUUGCAAGUUGGUAAAAAAGUACCUGUGUACAAAAAACCUGUAGAACCUUCUGAGAAAUCCUCGGAAGAAAAGAAUGACGUGUACGACUUUAAGUUCGACAUUAAUGACUCGAGAGAGAAAGCUACUAAGAAGAAGAAGAAGCAGGUAAGAAAAAAUAUUAACAAAGGGAAAGGCAAAAUAAUCAAGAAAACGACACGUAAGAAAGUUACUACGCAAUCAAAAAUAAUUGACCGUGAGGUGAUCAAACCUCCCGAAUCUGAUGCGAAUCUUUCUGUGGGGAUCGCACAGAGCAAUCCUUCAAAAUUUUCGAGAGCUGUGGAAUCGACGAAAGAUGUUGCGAAGAAAAUUGAAACAUCGGAAAUAAAGACAAAUAUUCAGAUGCUAGAGGAAUCAGUAAACAAAGAUACUGGGGAAGAGGUCGAACCACCGAGAAUAGACGAGGAUAUUCAGACGAUGGAAAAAUCGACGGAAAAUAUUAUGGAAACGGAAACAUUAAAAACAUAUACAAAUGUUCAAGCCGUAGGAGAAACAACUUUACCCGACAGAACGUUUGCAGGACAAACGAAAGGAAGCACGAGCAAACCAAGAAUUAUAUCUAUUGAAAAUGCAAAUGAUAUUGUAGUAACUAAAACCCCACCUAACAAUACCGAUGACUCACGGCCCUUUCGGCCGAAGAAUAUAUUUGAUAAUAAAACGUUGAAGGAACACGACGGCACAUUUAAAUAUUCCUUAUUGACGAAAACUUUGUCUCCUAUUGUGAAGACGGCAAGUAAUUUCGAUCUUGGAAGUCCCUGGCGACCACCAACAUUAACGUUUUCUCAAACUAAACACUUUAUUCAGAGUACGCCAUAUAGGAAUUCCGAAACGAAUAAAGAAAAUAAGGAGAAGAAAAGGAGCACGGAAAUGGAUAAAGAAAAUAUGGACGUGAAUAAGGAAAAUAAAAGCCAAAAAGACUUGGAAAGAAAAACGAAAAAGAUCGGUCUUCGCAAAAAGCGUGUAAUUCAAAGGAAAUUACCAAUUUCGGAGAAUCAGGCUCCGGAGAAAGUUCGAGCGGCAGCUGUAAGUAAGUCUGCACGACCAGCACCCGCCAGAAUAUCACUGGGAGAAAUAAAAAAUUUACAGAGACCGAAUGUUAACGGGGAUAAUAAACAAGCGGUGGACCAAACGCAUACUGAAAUUGAUAAACCUCUCGGGGAGCAAAAGAAUAGACAAAUGGUGGAUUUUCUCAAUUUUUCUGACACAUUUGAUAUCUUGUCCGAAACUGAGAGACUGUCAAAUAUUGGAAAUAACGCUCCCUUGUUUAUGGAUUUAGAACCCACACAUUUUUCAAAGCCACCCCAGCAUUCAUAUAGGAGAAAACGUGCCGUGAAGUUUGAUUUUUCAGAACAUAGCGAGGAUGAAGAGGAGAAGGAAAAUGUCAAAACACGUACAAAGAAAAAGAAACUUACAAAAACAGAAAAAGAGCAGGAGAAAAGAAUAAACGAUUGGAUAAAAACGGUUAAUACUACAUUCCAAGAAAUUGAAGAACAUGACUUGGUUAUUGAGUAAGAAAAUAGAUUGGAAUUUUCUAGAAGGCCUGAAAAAGUUCAAAGCUGCAAAUCAACUAGCAGUUUUUCAUAUUUCUUAACUUAUGUUCGAAACUAUUUAUGAUAGUGAUAUUUAACUUCACAUCUCACCUUUAUAUUCAUUUAUUUGGAUUUUUUUUUGCACACAUGAUAAUUUGUUAUUCACAAUAGAGAAGAUAAUUUUAAAGUAUAAAUUUAAAUUUUAAAACUGUAGUUUAAACUGUGUUUAGAGAAAGCAAGCGUUAUUACUAAUUUUCCAAGUCCUAUUAAAAUUUUAUAAAAAAAAUUAUCUUUCAAAGAUUUUAAUAUUUUCUUAUAUGUACUUUUUAUGUUUAGAACUGUAUGAUAAUAGAAAUAUAUGGUUGCGUGUAUUAUUCAUGACAUUAAUAGCUAUGGGAUAAUGAGGGAGAUAUUAGGAAGAUAAUGUUAUAUAACUAUAUUGGACAACAUUUAAGACCAUACUGAAAAUUAGUAUGUUACGAUUAGCGUGUUGUACAUAAUAAAAUUUUUUUUUAUUUGUACUUUUUUUCUGUAUUAUUAAUUUCUAAACCCGAAUGGUUAACAUUACAAACUUGAAAAUUGUCAUCGAUUGCUGUAAUGGGAUACAUAGGAAAAAAAUUACUUUUCACUAGCG